UCCAAAUAGACGAGAAAAAUAGAGUAACGUCGUCUUCUUGAGUUACGUAAACAAACCAUCAAUGGCGAUGGAGUCGUCGUCCCCGGGCUCUGUUCGGAAAGUUGUUGUUCAUCUAAGAGCUACUGGAGGUGCUCCUAUACUCAAACAAUCUAAGUUCAAGAUUCCGGGGACUGAUAAAUUUGCUAAAGUGAUUGACUUUCUAAGAAGACAGCUUCGUUCUGACUCAUUGUUUGUCUAUGUCAAUAGUGCUUUCUCGCCAAACCCUGAUGAAUCAGUCAUUGAUCUUUAUAAUAACUUUGGAUUUGAUGGUAAACUGGUGGUUAACUAUGCUUGUUCCAUGGCAUGGGGCUAAAACUGAAGACUACAGAAUUCUUAAACUGUGGUCGCGCUAGAUGCUCGCUUUGUUGGAAAGAUGACACUUUCAGAUGAAAGUUGAUGUGCAUAAUCAAGCAAUGGAAUACAUGUACAAGAAAAAAAGACCAUAUCAGACUUCAGAAAACAUUAGAUUUCAUUUAAAUCUCGUCUUUGUAUUUUCAUUGGCUAGGAAAAAGUCUCUUGUACAGUUCUCUGAGAUUGCAAAGGAGCGUUAAAACAUUUUUUCAUCUCUGCAUUUUGCUCUUUCUUUCUUUGUUUUCUAUGCCAAUGCUUAUAUGAUUUGUAGGUGAAUUA